AUGGACUUGUUGACCAGCUGGUCAGGGAGACUGUCAAAUCCAACAUGGCCAGAAAGGGACAAGUUUCGAAGCUCUUCAUUAGAUGGUCUCCCCACGGCCACGGCCAUCGCGGCUGCGGCUGCGGCUCCGGCUGCGCCCGGGCGCUCUCCGCCAACACUAGCUGCUGCUCCGGCUCCGGCUCGCCUCCCCCGCGGCUCGCUCCCGGCUGCGCUCUGCUCGCGCCCGACUCCCGCUCGCAGCCAGCAGCAUCUGCUCCCCCCACGCCGCCGCCCCUCCCGCUUUAUUAGAGCAACAUGGCCACCCGCCUGGAAGGGACCAUUUGCUUCCCCAGGAAGGGGUGUGAGCCUGCGCGCCAGGGCUGAGGCGGUGGGAGGGAGGCUGGUGGGCGGGCCUUCAGCCGGGGUCCACAAGCUCAGGCCGCAGGGCUCGCCCUCCCCGAAUGUUGCGGUCGGCCCCAAAGGACCCUCUCCGGUGCCACCGAGACGCCCCCAGCCUGCGCACUGGCCGCUACCCCCCGUUCCACCACGUGCUGGAGUCCGAGUAAAAGCCUGGGCGCGGAGGUCCCAGCCCAGGGUCGCGCCACGCGCUUCGCGAAGCGGGCAGCUAGAGUGCCUUUGGAGAGGGGGAAGGGACUCGGGCAAGACAGGUCCGCGGGGACAGCAUCUCGCGGAAAGUUAGCCCCGGGCAAGCAUGCCCCACCCGGAGGAACCGGCUUGCAAGGGGUGCGGGCCACCAGGAGUGGGCGACCGAAGUGGGGCUGGGCAGACCCCACGAAGGAAGAGUUGCUCCUCCACAAUUCUCUUCAUAAAGCAGAGAGACUAAAAGGCAGGCAGCUGGAAGCUGUCACUGUAGCGUGCGGCCGGGUAGGGGACCACAGUGGAGAGGAAGAGGCCGUAGUAGUCGCUGCUGGGGACGACCAAC